AUGACUCAAAGAACUCCACAAAAUGGUACACGUUUUGCAAGUAUAUGGAUAGGCGCAAGAUUAACGAAUUGGUCUCGUGUAGGAACAUAUGAUAUAGUUUCACAUGGACCACUUUUAACAACAAGUAGUCGAUAUUGGUGUAAACAAGAUUCAUUGCUUGGCCAGGAACCCAAUUAUGUAGCAUUAAAAGAAACGGAAGAACGUCAAGCAUGCGUUGGUUUAGCAUGUUUUAAAGAUUCAUCCGUUUGUUUGCAUGAUUGGUUUUGUAGUUGGAAAACAUAUAUUCUUUGUGAACUUCAUCCACCACCGCCAAAAACAACAACUAUGAUGAAUAAUACAGGAAAUUCUAGCCGUAUAUGGAUUUAUAUCAGUAUCGGUGGUACAUUAAUUAUUUUAUUUCCUGUUUGUAUCGUUCUAUUUUGCUGCAUACGUAAGAAGAAAAAUCUUAUCCGACGUGCUCCAUCGUUUGAUUCAGCGGAAAGUGGUUUCUCACAAAGCUCGGUUCAGUAA